AUAUGUUGUAUGUAGUACAAUAAUAUGCUUAUUGUGUCAUUUUGCAUCUGGGGGUACAGAAAUUAUAUUUUAGGGUGAACAAAAAUAGUGAUGGAUAAGAUGUCAGAAAGGUGUUGUGUUUCAUACCUAUCUCAGUGCAUUUACAUAGUGGUACCUCCUAAAUACAUGUAGGCUUUUUGGAUAAGUGGAUAUAGUGCCUUUGGAUGCAUGACAUAGCAGCCAUGAUGUAGAACUGUUUGAAAGCUGGACAAAGCUGCAGAAGGCUCCAGUAUCAGAUGUCACUAGUAGAUUUGGGAAAGAAACUUUUAGAAGCUGCACGAGCAGGUCAAGAUGAUGAAGUUCGCAUUUUGAUGGCAAAUGGAGCACCUUUUACCACAGACUGGUUGGGAACAUCUCCACUUCAUCUAGCAGCACAGUACGGACAUUACUCCACCACGGAAGUGUUGCUGCGAGCAGGGGUGAGUCGGGAUGCCAGAACCAAAGUGGACAGAACUCCAUUACAUAUGGCAGCAUCAGAAGGCCAUGCCAGCAUAGUAGAAGUCUUACUUAAGCAUGGUGCUGAUGUCAAUGCAAAGGACAUGCUCAAAAUGACUGCACUUCACUGGGCUACUGAACAUCACCACCAAGAAGUUGUAGAACUCUUGAUAAAGUAUGGAGCGGAUGUUCAUGCUCAGAGUAAAUUUUGCAAAACGGCAUUAGAUAUUGCAGUAGACAAUGGAAAUGAAGACAUUGCAGAAAUAUUACAGAUUGCAAUGCAGAACCAAAUCAAUACGAAUCCCGAGAGUCCGGACACUGUGACGAUACACGCAGCCACACCGCAGUUCAUCAUCGGACCUGGAGGGGUGGUGAACCUAACAGAUGAAACAGGAGUGUCUGCUGUACAGUUUGGAAAUUCAUCAACAUCAGUAUUAGCUACGUUGGCAGCUUUAGCAGAAGCAUCAGCUCCACUCUCAAAUUCUUCAGAAACACCAGUUGUGGCCACAGAAGAAGUUGUGACUGCAGAAUCUGUGGAUGGGGCCAUUCAGCAAGUGGUCAGUUCUGGAGGUCAGCAGGUUAUUACCAUAGUAACAGAUGGCAUUCAGCUGGGUAACCUGCAUUCCAUUCCAACCAGUGGGAUAGGGCAACCCAUUAUUGUGACCAUGCCAGAUGGGCAGCAAGUGUUAACAGUUCCAGCAACAGACAUUGCUGAAGAAACUGUAAUAAGUGAAGAACCACCAGUGAAGAGACAGUGCAUUGAGAUUGUUGAAAAUCGUGUGGAGUCUGCAGAAAUAGAAGAAAGAGAAACUCUUCAGAAACAGCUGGAUGAGGCAAACAGAGAAGCACAAAAAUAUCGUCAGCAGCUUCUAAAGAAGGAACAAGAAGCAGAGGCCUAUCGGCAGAAGUUAGAGGCAAUGAACCGCCUCCAGACUAAUAAAGAAGCUGUUUAAUAUAAAUGAACACACUGCAAAGCCUGUUACUUUCAAAACCUGCAGUACAAUCUUGAACUGUACACUUUAUAGGUACAGCCAUGGGAUUUCAUGAUAGAGAAGAUGCUACAAGUUGAUAACUGGACUUAAGCUGUGAGCUCUGAUUGAUUUCUUGUAACAUAAAAACUCUGAAUUUAGAAAUUGUGAAAAGUAUUUAAAAUUAAAUACUGUAAAUAGUUGGUUUUUUUACAGUUUCAAAAUGAGUUGCUAAAUCUUUUUGAAGGGAUCCAGAAACAUGAAAAGCCAAUGUUUUUGUGAAAUUUUUGAUUUUAGUAUGAAUCUAACUUCUGAAAAACAGAACAGUUUUAAGGGUGAUGUUGAUUUAAGCUGACAAUUUGAAAUUUGAUUAUGUGACAAAAUUAAUUAACAGUUAUUUCUACAUGAUAACAGCUCAACUUCUCUGAAUAAGACAUUUCCAGGUGGAAAUCUUUGUACAGCUUUAAGUAGUUGUCUCAGAUUCUCUGAAAACCAUUUUUUGGGUUUUUUUUUUUUUUUUUUAUUUUAGGUGGUGAAAUUUUUAUAUUUAAUUUCAGAUAUAUCCAAGUAGAUUUACAUGUAUAUGAAGCUAAUAUUUUUUAAACUUUUCAGUUUGUACAUAUGCUGCAUGUUUUUAUAAUUUCUACACAUACAUCUUGCAUAGGUAUUUUUCAGCAAAGAUGAGAAAAAUCAUGAGAAAAAUGUUUAGCCUAUAGGUCAUUUGAAGUAAGCUAGCAGCCAGUUUUAUUGUGGAUGGUAUAUUUCUUGGAAGAAUGUAAUUUGUAAUUAAGAAGAACAAAAAAGUAUCUUAAUUUACAUAUUAAGAGGCAAAAUUUGGUAGUGGAGGUGUUGAAACUUCACUUUGUGUGUCUUAUGAUUUUCCUGUACAAACAUUUUAAAGUUCAGUAAUGAGUAGAAAAGAACGUCUCCACUGGAACACAAAUACCUGCUAUUUUAGAAUAUCCCUAUUGGUCUCUCUUCCCCAAUAGCCUUGAAAUUACUUCGGUGAUACAUUUUUUUAACGGACUUUUGCAUUUUAAUUACGCAAUUGGACGAGUAAUUUUUUUAUGUUGUAGUGAUGCUCUUCCUAGCCGGCAUCAUUGUUCCUCACUGUGAUACUGUGUUUGUGUGUGUCUGUGCAGUGAUCUAUUAUGCUUAAAAUUUAUAUGGCACGUUACAUCUUCAGAGCAUUGUAAAAUCUUUUAAAGAACCCUUACUGCUCUGCCUGAGGCAGGUAAGUGAGUGUUACUGUCUCAAUUUUAUAACUGGUUUAAGUGCAACAUGAGGGAGUGUUAAAUGACUGGCUUACCACCACGUGAACCUGUGGUCACCUGGGAAUGGAUCUCAGGAGUUCCUGGCUUUAGUCCUGUGCUUAGACUGAGCUGCCUUAAGAUUGUUCAGUGCUGUGUUACAUUAAAUUUUGAACUACUGUGCAGAUCCAUUUUUUGUAAGAUAAAACUCUUUGUGCUUUGCUUUGUUGUUCCAUGUUCACUGCUUUUAUGAAAUUGUUUAUAUAAACUUAAGCAAAAAGUCUGGUUUAUCUAUACUGUACACGGAAGAAUUACCCUUAAAACUGUACUCUGGCCUACUUUUUCUAUUUUACAAUUAAAUAUCUUUUCCACAUA